AUGCAAGACGCGCUUCUAGAUUGCAGCCAUUCGGCUCUUGAGGGAGUGGACUUGAAUGAUUCAUUUGGCGACGAGACCGAUGAGAGUCAGCCUUUGAGAAACGAAAAUACACACGUUGUGGAAAGCCGAGCUGUGGUGGUGAAACAUAAAAGACGCGAUUCAAGUCAAUCUGUUGCAACAGCACAAGGUAACAUGGAGGACAAGAUAUAUCUGGAGUCGUUUGAAUUCAGCGAUAGCACGUCGCUGCGACAUGACACCAGAUCUCAAGAUAAUCGAGCAAUGGAGGUCAAAGAUGCUGAGAAUCGGCUUGAGGGGGGGGAACGCGACGACGACGACGACGACUCGUUUAUGUUUAGUGAUAGUGAUGACCCUAUAUUGAACCAAGCUGCACCUAUAUCCAGAGGCGGCGAUGCUAUCGCGAGCCAAGCUGAUUAUAUAGCUGCACUAUCACGAGGCCAGCUGUUUCUGAGCAGUGGCAGCGUACCGCUGCUGUUGGCCAGAGAUGAAAGGGUCGCGCAGCGAAUGGUCCAGCCUCGGUAUAGUCCCGAUAGUUUUGAAUUCAGCGAUGGCGACGAAUAUGAAAUUAUUGCGGCGGCCAUGUAUCAAACUCAAGAAAAAGCUCAAUCUCAAACUCAAAGUCAAGUCCAAAUUCAAUCUCAAGCACAAGCUCAAACUCCAGCUCAACUACGCGGGAUUAAACGACCUGCUUCACCGCUUGAAAAAAGUGUACAUUCAGCUGUGAAUACACAACGGCCGCCUAUACCCCAAUCAUCCUCAGCUGCAAAGGCGCUGCAGAAUAAAGAAAACGCGUAUAAACACACCAUGACUUCGUCACCCACGAAGCUGUCUCCCAACUGCAGCAUCAUCAACGCGUUUUCGCCGCCUCCCUUGCCUCCGUUCAACGACUUCAAGGUGCCGCGGCAGAAUGCGCGAAACUAUUCGACGAUCCCACAAUUGGAAAGACCAAAUCGACGGCCUGUUAACUCAACUCUACUUCUCGCAACUCAGAAGCCCACAAUCGAAAAUAUUGACUCUCAAGUUGGUAAUGAAGCUAAAAAAGUGCAGCCGAUUAUAUUGUCGAAAGAGCAGGAAAUUGUGCUCCAGCGUGUUAUGCUGGGCAUUUCUCUAUUCUAUACUGGGUCCGCAGGUACUGGGAAAUCGGUGCUCUUGCGGUCGAUUAUCAAAUCUUUACGGCUCAAGCACUCACUGGGUAUAGCGGUUACUGCGUCAACUGGUCUUGCUGCGUGCAACGUUGGUGGUAUCACGUUGCACAGUUUUGGAGGGAUUGGAUUAGGGACCGGCACAGUUGAUAGUCUCAUCAAAAAAAUACGAAGAAACAAAAAGGCCCUGAAACGAUGGUUGGAAACCAAGGUGCUCAUUAUUGAUGAAGUUUCCAUGGUUGAUGGUGAAUUGUUGGAUAAAUUGAAUGCAAUCGCCAAAAAAUUGAGAAGAAAUCAGGCUCCUUUUGGUGGGAUCCAAGUCGUUGCAUGUGGUGAUUUUUAUCAACUUCCGCCUGUGGUUAGAAAACUAGACGACGACGGCAAUGUUCGCGAUGACGUUGAGGCCUUUUUCUCCUUUGAGUGUCUUGCAUGGAAGGAAACCAUCCAGCAGACGAUUAUCCUCAAGGAAAUCUUUAGACAAAAGGGCGAUCAAAUGUUUAUUGAUAUGUUGAAUGAAAUGAGGGACGGCCGAAUAUCCGAAGCCACCGUGAAUGAGUUCCGGAGGUUGAAGCGCGACUUGGACUGUCCCAAGGGUAUUGUGCCCGCGGAGUUGUUUGCAACGAGAUACGAAGUUGAUAAAGCAAAUAAAGCCCGCUUGGCUGCUCUACCUGGAGACGUGACAAAAUUCAAAGCUAUAGACACGGGCUCUUUACCCGAACCGCAAAAGAGCACUUUACUUGCGAAUUUCCUUGCACCAAUGGAGUUGCACUUAAAAAAGGAAGCUCAAGUUAUGUGCAUCAAGAAUUUCGACGAAACGCUAGUCAAUGGAUCGCUUGGUACCAUUGUGGAUUUCAUGGACAAGGACACGUAUAUGAAGGCGUUUGCACCAGGUGAAUCCAUGGAAGAAAAUGGAUUGAUGAAGGAUUUUGCAUUUAAUGACUCUGAGCAUUCAACAAGUGGUAGUACUAGUACCAGUACUAGCAGUGGUGGUGUUGGUGGUACUGGUGGUGCAGUCACUACUGGCUCGUUAACACAAAUGAAUCUAACUGAAGAGGAAAAGAGACGCAAGGAGAGGAAGUUGGAUAUGCAUGAUGAAUUGUUGAAUGAUUUCAAAAACAAAAAAUGUCCGCUUGUGAAAUUCUUGGCUCCCGAUGGAGUCAAUACUCGAACCGUGCUUGUUGAACCCGAAGAAUGGACGGUUGAAGAUGAAGACGGCAAUGUCUUGGUGUCUAGAGUCCAAUUUCCGCUUAUGCUUGCUUGGUCGCUUUCCAUCCAUAAGUCACAGGGCCAAACUUUGAGUAAAGUGAAGGUUGAUCUACGUAAAGUUUUCGAAACGGGUCAAUCCUAUGUUGCAUUAUCGCGGGCCACGUCAAGAGAUGGUUUGCAGGUGCUCAAUUUCAACGAGAGACAAGUUAGAUCUCAUCCAAAAGUUGUCCAAUUUUACAAGUCACUAGAACAAGUCCAGAAAAAUACUGAACAACGUAAAUUUAGAGAAACGGGUCAACAGAAGCUCAAUUUCGCCAGCGUUUAA